AUGUCUGCUACAAGUAACAUCCUUCAUGAAGCAGUCGAAAUCGAUGUUGAUUCAUUGGAGACAAAUGCUACUCAUUUGAUUUGUUUAAUUAAACCAGCAUGGACAUCGAAAAAACUAAUCUUUAAAAAAUUAGGUACUGAUGAUAAUAAUAUUUAUUAUUCAGUUUUUCCAAGUGAUUAUCAAGAUGAACAACAUGGUGUUGUUGUUAAAUUAUAUCCAAAAAAUUCAGAUGUAUAUACUAAUCGUCAAAAAGAACUUCAAUUAAUCGAACAACUUGUUCAUCAUGAAAUAGCUCCACGUGUUUUAUUAACAUUUAUUAAUGGAUAUUUUUCUACAUAUGCUCUUGGAAAAACAUUGAAUAUCAAAGAAGAUCAUACUCAUCAAUUGAUUUCUCGAAAAUUAGCUGAAUUUCAUUCGAUUUCAUUGAAAGUUAAUGAUAGUCUUCAUUUUGUCGAUAGACUUAAAAAACUUAUUGAUUUAUUUACUAAAAAAAAUAUUAGUUUACAUAAUCGACUUAUCGAAAUAAAUGAAAAACAAGAAAAACCUACUAAUAAAAAUCCAGAUUUUUUUACAACAUUAAAAUCUGUAAUUGGCCUAAAUACAACUUCUACGUCAGCACUUACAUUAGAUCAACUUGAAUUACAAUUAAAAGAUACAACAUGGACUCAACUUUCAACUGAAAUUGAUUUUAUAAAAUCAAUAUUUGAAAAUAAUUGGUCAAAACAUAAUUUACCUAUUGUUUUAUGUCUUAACAAUAUGGAUAUUCAUAAUUUUUUACUUGAUUUUAAAAAUAAAACAAUAUCAAUUAUUGAAUUUGAUCAUUGUUCAUAUAGUUAUUUUCUUAUCGAUAUUGUUUCAUAUUUUCUUGAAUUAGCAAAAGAUAAUUAUGAUAAUAAUUAUCCUCAACGACAUAUUCAAAAAUUAUUUCUUACUGAAUAUCUUAAAUAUUCAUCAUUAAAUUUAUCAAAUAUUAUUUAUGAUUCUGCCAAACCAAUUGAUAAUGAAUUAGAACAUUUAUGUGAUCUAUGUGGUUUAUUAAUUGCACCAAUUCAUUUAUAUUGGGCUUUAUGGGCUUUUUUACAAGGAUUACUUACAAAAUCUACGUCAACAUUUGAUUAUAUUAAUUAUGGUAAAAUUCGACUAGCACAAUAUCAAAAACACAAACAGAACUUUUUUCUUCCAUUAUAUCGCUCAGAUAAAAAUAGCAAUGUUCAAGUAGAAAAAAUUCACUAUUUUUGA